AUGCCAGAAGCGCCAGAGCAGUUAGUGCAAGAGCGUAAAGCUGCUAGAGAUAUAGCUGCCGAAGGGCUUCAGAUUACUGCAGAAGCUAGGCUGCGCCUUUCGCCAAAGAGCUACUCACUGCCUUCUACACGCAAGUUUGCACUCUCUCCACGCUACACUAGAGCUUUUCGAAUCCUCGAGGCUGUUAGCAAGGGCAACGCGCUGCGAAUAAACCUGCCUGCGGCCUGGAAAAUGCACCAAGUGAUCAGCAAGAUCCAUCUCGACCCUGCUCCAAACCCUGAUGACGAUCCCUAUCAACGAAACCUCCCCCCUCCGCCAGAUCACAUUGACGAACAAGGAAUGGAACAAUGGAAGGUGGAGAAGAUAGUUAGUAAGCUCGUUGAUGACGAGGCAAUAUUAUACAAAGUCAGAUGGGAAGGAUAUAACGAGGAAGAUGAUACUUGGGAGGACUCAGCAGCUUUAGAACACGCUCAGGAGGUAGUUGGAGCAUACGAAGAGGCCCUAGAGCGCUCUAGGCUACGAGGGCGUCGACAAGCUGGCGGCGCGACUCUCUACAGAGAGCCGCGAGGUCGACCACAACGCUAG